UUCUCGAACGUCCACCAACCUCAAUUUCAAUCUCAUCCACAUCUCAAAAUCUCAAAUCAAAAAUCGAAUAUUCGAAUUUCACCGCUUCGAAACCCUUUCUUUAUCGCCAGAAAAUUUUCAAACCCUAAAAUCCCAAUUUCGCUGAUGAUCUUUCCUAAUCGUCAUCAUACCAAACAAUUUUUCGUCAUAUCUGUCUCCGGGAGAGUCGCUUUGACGGGAAACAAGGGUUUUCGCUGCAAUUCUAAUCGGUCAAAUUGGAAUCGUCGGAUCAAUUUGUCAUGAAGUUCCUGGAGUGUUCUGCUUUAGAUCGGCUUAAUGAUUUCUUGGGUAAUUUGAAUCUGGGAGAACGUACUAUCAAAGGAUGCCUUGAAGCUUAUAGUUGCAAACAUGCUGGAUCGGAUAAAAAACUCUCCAUCAGUUUGGAGACAGAGAUUCUUGAUUAUCUUGGGAAAUCAUCCGACACUGAUUCCUCCUCACCAGAUCAAACCUUCUUAACCAGAACCAGCCGAAAGACAUUGGUUUACCUGGUUCUAACCCUGUAUCACAUGUAUCCCGAUUAUGACUUCAGUGCAGUUAAGGCUCACCAGUUUUUCACAGAGGAAUCACGGGACAGCUUUAAGCAGAUUUUUGAUACCUACAUGCAUGAAGCUUCCAAGGAAUGGGCUGAAACUGUUGGGGGUGCUUCUUUGCUGGACACCUUGUUCAAGGCCCUUGAUGAGGUGGUGAAGUUAGUGGAUUGUGAUAUUUACGGUUAUGUCCCUGAUUUUGAAGCAGAUCCAUUACUAGAGAGUGGAGGAACAAUAUGGUCCUUUAAUUUCUUGUUUUACAAUAGAAAGCUUAAGCGGAUUGUAUCUUUUCGAUUCAGUUGUUUUAGUAACUUGAUUGCUGACGGACUGCUUAUUGAUGAUAUACACAAUGAGUACGAUGAAGAGAUAUUUGCUGACAUGGAUAUAUGAGUCGCUUCUACCUCGAUUAGUUAGCAUAUGAAGACUUCUGAUCCUCCCAUGUGUAGUUCUGUAAUAUAAGAUGGUUUCAGAUGCGUAGUUCUGUAUAUCAAAGACCGUUUCAGUGUGGCCUGAGUCGUAGAUAUAGCAUAUGUAUCCGAUCCGUAUCAAUAUAGUAGAUUUAACAUCUGUAUCUUCCUCCUAUGCACAUCGUAGGUUUGGAUUCUGUAUCAUACUCGACUGUUAGGACACACCUCUGGUGUAAUAUUAUCAAAAAACAUAUUUGAAAUUGGUAGAGUAUUGUUACAUUCAUCUGAAAAUGAUGCUUCUUUUCCUCCGUAA